UCGAUUCCAAAAUGGCACACUCAACAACUUCCUUUUGUGUGGCGGACGCACCGUUCGCUCCAUGUUUUGUGCUAAGUGAAAGAAACUUUAGAUUUUAGGAAACAUGUCGCUGUCGUUAGCCCGCCCUUUGGUGAGCAUAUACAAUGAAAAGUCCGAAGAGGUGAAAGGAAACGGCGUGGCUCUGCCAGCCGUUUUCAAGGCCCCAAUCAGACCUGAUGUAGUCAACUUCGUACAUCAACAAGUCUCUAUGAAUCAUCGUCAACCGUACUGCGUCAGUGAUAAGGCUGGUCACCAAACAUCCGCUGAAUCCUGGGGCACUGGUCGUGCCGUCGCCCGUAUUCCUCGUGUAAGGGGAGGCGGUACCCACCGAUCUGGCCAGGGUGCGUUCGGUAACAUGUGUAGGGGUGGACGAAUGUUUGCCCCUACAAAGCCGUGGCGCCGCUGGCAUAGGAAGGUGAACAUUGGACAACGUAGAUAUGCCUUGGCCUCUGCAGUAGCUGCUACUGGAGUUCCUGCAUUGGUGAUGAGCAAAGGUCAUGUGGUUGAUCAAAUCCCAGAACUUCCACUUGUAGUCAAUGACAAAGUGCAGGAGAUGAACAAGACCAAGCAAGCUGUGCAAUUUUUGAGGAGGAUCAAAGCCUGGGCUGAUAUCCAGAAAGUAUACAAAAGUCAACGAUUCCGUGCUGGCAAAGGAAAAAUGCGUAACAGGAGACGUAUCCAGCGUAGAGGACCGCUGAUUGUCUACCACAAAGAUCAAGGUAAAAACACGAUGUUUUUUAUUUGUAUAGAUGUUUGCUAGAUGCUCAGUUAUUGUGUUCCUAUUAGCUUAUUAAUUCUUAUCAGGUGAACUGGAUAGAAACUGGCAAUUUGGCGAUCGAGAAACUGUAUGAAACUUGUUAUAUGCACAAUAGUAGUUCAGGCUUGUAUUAUCAAUUAUGAGUGUGUGCAGGAGUUGUGCAAUAGAAAAUUGUAGGUUGUAAAACUUCCAUCUUGGCAGGCAAUUGCUGGGAAUGGUUUAUAGCUUGCAGACACUUUUUCUUGAAUAUGCUUUUUAUUAGUCUGUGACAUGUUGUAUAAACGUGACUUUAAUGCAGAGAACACUGCUUAAUGCUAUUCGGACGUUAAGUGUGAGGCAUUGCCAAUCCACUGUUCUAGCAGUUGCUGUGGAUAUGACGUUUUGGCAAAGAAGAUGUAUAAUAAGAGAAGAUAGACAAGGUGAAUAAAAUUAAAAAUAUAGACUGGCCACUCCAAUUGAAAGAGACACAAUGACUUUUAACCACGCACAAGUGAGGAUAGUGAUUUUUCUUGGAUGUCAAAAUGAACGGUUGAGUGAGAUUCCUAUCUCACAAGCACUGAAUUUAAAACAUCAGAGUUCUGUGUUCUAUGAUAAUAAUAAAAUAAUAACACAUUUAUUUCAAUGUUAAAUAGCCACAGACAAUAACUAAUCAAAAGUUAAAAGGAAAUGGUAGAGCAAAAAUUAUACAGUACAUAUUAAAAAACAGUUUUGCAUGCAAAUAACUCUUCCAAGCUAUAAAAACACGUAUCUGUUAGAACCUAAAAUUUGCAACUAAAAGUUUGUCAAGGGAGGGAGUAAGGAAUCUCAUCUCACUUUGACUUGUGAGGUGAUUUGAAUUAAGGUAUAUGAGAAACUGGCCAAAAUGAAAGCUACUAUAGACCUCCAGUACUGCUUCAAUUUACAAUGACAUGACCAGUGCAGGCGACCAGGAAACUUCAAAGACACUCCAUUCAGUCUCUUCUCUUUUUAUAUCUCUUUUUUGAUAUAAUGUAUGUCAAGUUCUGUUUGUGAGAUUCAAUAUUAACAUUGUGGAAAUUGGAUGACUCACACUGACAUCUUUGUUUGUGUUCAUCAAAAUUACCUUGAUACAUGCACGGUUGAUGUCAUGCUUAUGAUAUUAAUUUAUAGGUGUGGAGGUGGCGUGCAAUAUAAAAUUGUAGGUUAUGUAACUUCCAUCUUGGCAUUCAGUUGUUGGGAAUGGUUUAUAACUUGCAAUACACCCUUUUAAUAUCAGUGGUUUGGAUCAGUUUAAGCUUCCGAUUGAUGAUUGCUCGUUGCUCCAUUAUGCCUAGUUUGAUCCCACUGCAAAUAAAACUUUUCAGGAACUAUGAACACCAUCACGGCGUUGACGCCAUUGUUCUUCGUAUAAUAAUUAUAGGUAUGCCGUUCACCUGAUAAGACCGAUGCUAACGAGACGCUAAAAGCACGACGUUAUAACAUUGAUACAUGUCACUUGGUUUCCGCGGAUUUAAUUUUCCUCGGAACAAAAUUGACCAACCAUAAAGCGUUUUUGAAGCAAUCGACCUGUUGAAAUAUCAUCUGGUUCUUUCAAAAUAUCUCUCACAGUAGCGAAAAAUGAUACAACUUAUGUAAAAAGGGCCUCUAAUCCCAGUAUUAAAGGAGACUUUUUAUAAAUCGUCUGGUGUAGAUACAAAAACCUAUCAUUUCAUUUAAUCUGUAGAUCCAAUUUUAUUCAAAUCCGACCAAUGACGAACACGUGUUUGUUACAAGAGAGAGUGCAGCAAUUAUUGACCAUUUUAUUGAAAAGAAGUGUCACUUUGAGAGGUUUCUCUCUUACUACUAGGUUAUAUAAUAGAAAAAAAAGAUUU